AUGGUAUUGGCCUUGCCCGAAGUUGACGAAUCCGUUGCCCUCCGGAUACUUGAGGAGCAACAAGGAGCCUUGUGCUGCGCAAUUAUUAGCCACGACAAUCCACAGGCCGAGGAAGUCCUCCCUACACCUGCCGUAGAUACAACGCAUGCUCGCGACAAUCUACAGGCCGAGGAAGUCCUCCCUACACCUGCCGUAGAUACAACGCAUGCUACGGAUGAUGAAGACUCCCCAUGGCCUACGGCUAAGCUAGAGUUCACCCUUUUCGACGCGUGGACGCAGUCAUCCGAGUCCCAGGACCUCCCACAGGAGAUACGUGAAGUGCUGCAGACACAUAGAGAGGUUUUCCCUCACAGCCUGCCACCAGGCUUAUCACCCAAGCACCCUCACGAUCACCACAUCCUUUUAGUCCCUGGCAAGCUCGCAGCUAAAUUGGCUACAUACUGUAUGACUCCUGAUCAGCGUCGAUUUCACAAGCAGGAAAUCGCCAAGCUGUCAGCACAUGGUUGGAUUGGACCUACGUAUUCCCCUAUCUGCGCGCCUACGAUCAUGGUCGAUAAGGGGGAUGAUGGUACAGGCGAGCGCAACAUGCGCAUGGUGGUUAACUACCAAGCCCUAAAUGCGCUUACGGUCGCACCUGACUUUCCGUUACCUCCGAUCCAAACGAUCUUGAAGAUGCUGGGCGGCGCGAAAUAUUUUUCCACUCUCGACUUAGAGGCAGGCUUCCACCAGAUCCGCAUGGCCAAGGCGGAUCGCUGUAAGACAGCGUUCCGUUCCGUCUUGGGCCCGUUCGAAUACAAAGUCAUGCCGUUCGGCCUGAAGGAAGGGAUAAAACCUGCAGCAGAUAAGAUUGAAGCAAUCCGUCUGUGGCCAGAGGUGCUGGAGAACGAGACGCAAGUACGGCAGUUCCUUGGUACUGUUAAUUACUGCCGUAUGUUCAUGGGUCCCGAUUAUGCUGACAUUUCCCGCCCCCUUGUUACCCUGACUCGCAAAGCCACCCCUGUUCACUGGACAGCCGCACACACCCAGGCGGUUCGCCACCUCAAACAACGUCUCAUCGAUAAUACCACCCUCCAGGUCCCAGACACCUCUAAGCCUUUUGAGCUCUACACCGAUGCCUCCGGCUACGCCCUUGGCGGAGUACUCGAACAGGCUGGGCUGCCAAUUGGGUUCCUCAGUCAGGCCAUGACCCCCGUUCAACAGAAAUAUUCGAUCUACGAUCAAGAAAUGUUGGCACUAGUUACAGCCCUAGACAAGUGGUCUCACCUACUCCGCGUCGGUAAGGUUACAGCAUUCACCGACCAUCAAGCUCUUACCCACUUACGUAAGCUCCAGACGUCCAAGCCCUUGCGGGGACGCACCGCCCGGUGGUUAGAUUUCCUCGCAGAGUUUUCUGAUAUCGCUAUCACCUAUCUACAGGGUGCGCGUAAUACGGGGGCCGACGCGUUGUCGCGUCUUCCUUCCUUGGGUCCGCUUAUGUUAGCCCCUGCACACCCAGAUCCAGCUCGUUACUCCCGGAGGAAGCAGGCCAACUACCGGGAGUUGGCUAGCACUCGCCGUCGCCCGCCUCGGACUCGCCCGCAGUCUCCUCCCGUUUCGCUCAAGGCCAACGAGUCCGCUCCUUCCGGCACCGAGCCAUCCGCCGUCCUCCCAGUGAACCCCGCCGAUUCCGCAACCCUGGAUUGGCCGGCAGCUUAUGCGAAGUGUCCCGUUUUUUGGGUCCCCUACAACACGGCGGUUCAGGCAGUCGAGCUCGCGUGCAACACCACUAGCCAUUCUUCCACCGAGCUUUCCCCCUUCGAGGUCAUGAUUGGCGAGAACCGCCUGACUGCAGCGGAUCUCGAUGUCGUCGGCGCCCUCUCCCCUACCCUUACUCUGCCGAUGACCAAGCUCUUUCGCCAGCUCUGCGACCGGGCGCAGAGUCAUAUCCUGGAGGCAAAAGGUCUACGAAAGCUCUACGCAGACACCCACCGCCGCGAAGUGGAGUAUGCGGUGGGCGACAAAGUCUGGCUGAGUAGCAAGCACCUUCCCGCCCUAAACACAUGCCCAAAGUUUGAACCCCGUUUCCGUGGGCCCUUCAUUAUUACUGAACGCAUUGGGAGUGCUGCUUGCCGCCUGGUACCGCGUUCCCCCCGACUUACGAAUGCCAUGAUCUCUUUCACGUUUCCCAGUUAG